GAAAAGGGUAAGGUAAUAACCAUUACAUUAUCGUUCAGUUCAUUUCAAUUCAAUUCAAUUUCCUAAUCGAAAUCCAAAAUCCAUGUCGGAGUACUUCCCCCAAGAAAUCUUGUUAGAAAUCCUUCACAGGCUCCCACCAAAGUCCCUUGUGAAAUGCACCAUUGUGUGCAAAUCAUGGCACUCGCUCAUCACUCACCCUUCCUUCAUUUACCUCCAUCUUCGCCACUCCCCCUCCUUCCUCCUUCUCCAGCUCUGCAAUGAGCGCCCCUACCCCAACAUCCUCAACUACACCCUCCGCCGCGACGACUUCUUCCUCACCGAUUCCUCCUCCGUCCUCCGCCUCCCCUCCAACUUAGAACGCGAGUUCUCCGUCGUGGGCAUCUGCAACGGUCUCGUUUGCAUCACCAGCGGCGAGGAAUGCUACACUCUCAUCAUUUGCAACCCAUGUGUUCGACGAUAUGUCAGACUCCCCAAACCCCGCGAUUACCCUUGCUUGUGCAUUGCCUGUGUUGGGUUCGGCUUCGAUUCUCGAACCCUUGACUAUAAAGUUGUUAGGAUUGUUUGCUUGCUGGAUGACAAAAGGUACGGCCUUUCUCCUCCUGUGGUUGAGGUUUACUCUCUUGCAACUGGGUUUUGGAGGACUUUGGAUCCUGCUGUUAUUCCUGGUUUUUGUUUGUGUUGCGUUGGUGGGGAUGAUCCCCAUGGUUUUGUUGAUGGGGUUGUUCAUUGGGGUGCCAAACGUAUGGUGGGUGAUGCUUGGUACUAUUUUGUGUUGUCCUUUCAUUUUGAGGAUGAGGUCUUCGUUGAGGUGGUGCUGCCGGAGAGCUUGGCUCGUGUCUCCUUCGAUUAUGUUACGGUUACUGUUGUUGGAGGUGGUUGUCGGAAGCCUCUUACUGUGUACCAUGUCAGUGGUGGUUUGCCAUGCUCUUGUGAAAUUUGGGUGAUGAAAGAGUAUGGAGUUGUGGAGUCUUGGAAUAAGGUGUUUGCUUUUAAUCUGGUGGGGUUUUGUCUGGAAGCACCGGAGUUGGGGACAACGUUGACCGGCAUAACGGGUCCACCCGCAGCUUUAUGCGUUAGGAAUAAUGGAGAGGUGUUGCUGCUCAUGGAUGAGGCGGGAUGGGGAUGCCUAUAUUCCCUGGAUGUUGAGAGAAGAAGAUUAACAAAUCUUCAUAUUGGAGGAGCCGGGUACACAUGGUAUCUAUACUCUAGUUAUUAUGCUGAGAGCUUAGUUUUACUGGACAAAACAAGUGGUUUGGUGUCUUAUUAAACAGCAAUUGAGGAAACUUGUAGGACUCGUUUGGUGGACAAUAGACAUGAUAGGAUAUGAAUGGUUAGGAAAAGAGGGAUGAAUAAAAGUAGGAUAGGAUAUGAGCCUGAUAAGCUCAUAUCCUAUCAUGUAUUUGAUGUACACUGGAUAAACAGUCUGAUAGGAUAAUAUUAUUUUAUCUGGUGUUUGAGGUGAACCAUAUAAUGUCAUGAUAUGAUAUGGAUAAACAGAAAUACCUCCUUAAUAGAAUUUCAUAUGAUAUUUUAAAUUGAUUCUUAAAUUGCUUUUCUUUUUUUUACUUAUUUACACACUAUUUCU